CAAAACAGUAAACAAAGAUGGCGUGUCUGUUCUCUUACGAAUGAUGUCCAUGAGGAAAACAGGGAGAAGAAUAUCUGGGACAGUGGAAUAUUGAAGUUUUGCACCGAGAGUAUUUUGAAAGAAAAGUCUAGGUACUUGUCUGACUUGUAAGUAUGACUCGCUGGGCAAGAACAAAGAGUGCGCAUAGGCAUGAGCGGCUUCCUAAAGAUUCUACUCCAUGGUCAGAAUUUGUUGAGCAUGUAACCAGUGAGGAAAAUACAUCAAAGGCUCAUGGAUCUAAGGAUAUGAAGAAAUCAUCUAAGCUAAAAAAGAUAAAAAAUGAUAAAACUAAAUCAGUUGAUUUGGUCCAGGAUAAAAAGAAUGAAACACACAAACAGAAAGUUAGAACAGGUAGAAAUGAUACUUGUGACUUACAAAGUUUCGAUAGAUAUGAUACAGAAGUUUCUAAGAAGAGUCCUUCUUUUAAGAAAAGUAAAAGCUCUGAAUUUAUUGUCAAAAAACAAAAAAAAGCUAAACUUAAAAAAUUUUGCAAAUCUGAUGAGCUAAAUAAAUCUGCAACCAAUUUUUGUAAUGUUAAGAGUCAAGAAACUGAGGUAUCUGAUUCUCAAAGUAAAGAAAAUGAAGUGUUUCAUAUGAAUAAACAGUCUGGUGAAAAGUCACAGUUACCUAAAAAAGCCAAGAGAAAGAGAAUGAACAGUCAGUCUAUACACCAGGAUGAAAAUGAACCGAGUAAGAAACAAAGAAAAAGUAAAGAAAAGUCAGAAGAGCAAGGAAUAUUGAUGAACACUAAAAAUGCAAAGUCAUUUAGUGAAGAAACUACAAAAGAAAAAAAAGAUGAGAUAGAAAAUAAGGUUAGUAAAACGUUUAAAAACAAAAAGAAUGAGAUGAAAAGAAGACAGCUUUUAAAAAAAAGACAAGAAAAUGGGAUAAUUCUCUUACCACCCAAAGUUGAAAAACAAAUUUACAGAUUAAAGAAGAGUUUACGAAAUAAAGGAUUAUCAGGAGAAGACAUUCGUCAAAUAGUUCGCCAGAAGAGACGUGGAGAAGAGUUGAAGUAUCGAAAGACACUGUUGAAGGUUUGUUUCCGAUGUAGAAAACCAGGUCAUAUGAUAGCACAAUGUCCAAUUUUAGAGAAAGACAUGGAACAGGGAACAUCCAUCUGUUUCACUUGUGGCUCAACAGAACACAUGAUUAGUAGGUGUCCAGCAAGAAAAUUGGGGAAAGAAAGUUUUCCAUUUGCUAAGUGCUUUAUUUGUGGUGAACAAGGGCAUUUAAGCCGACAAUGCAGCAAGAAUCCCAAUGGUCUUUAUCCUAAAGGUGGUAACUGUAAGAUGUGUGGAUCAGUAGAACAUUUAAAAAAGGAUUGCCCCGAGCUGCAGCCACAAGAAGAAACAACAUGUAUCACAGCAGAGAUGUUGGAUACCACCCAAAGUGUUGAUGCUGAGCCCAUGAAAGAAUUUUCACACCAAGGAAUUAUGAAAUCUGAUCCAAAAGUGGUGAAGUUCUUAUAAGGAUCCCUAGAAACAGGAGGUUCUCGAGGAGGCAGCAGAGAUGGAGUUGGGGAAUGGUUACUUGAAGCAGGUGGUAUGUCACUUCCAACUUUAUUUCCCAUACAUAAUGUGGUGUUGACA